UGACACAAGACUGGCAGGAAGUGAGAGGAGCGUAUAAAAGUGGGAGACGGUCUGCACCACAUCAGUUCUGGUCCAAGAUGGCCAAGCUCACCCUGCUGACCGGUCUGGUUCUCCUGCUGAAUGCCCAGAUAGGCACUGCCUAUGUGCUGUCAUGUUACUUCACCAACUGGGCCCAGUACAGGCCUGGCCUGGGAAAGUUCAUGCCAGAUGACAUCGACCCCUGCCUGUGCGACCAUCUGAUCUACGCCUUUGCUGGGAUGAACAACAACGAGAUCACCACUUACGAAUGGAACGACGAGACCCUUUACAAAUCCUUCAACGGCCUGAAGAACCAGAACAGAAAUCUGAAGACCCUCCUGGCGAUUGGAGGAUGGAAUUUCGGGACAGCCAAGUUCACCACAAUGGUGUCCACACCCGCAAACCGCCAGACCUUCAUCAAGUCCGUCAUCAAAUUCCUGCGCCAGCAUCAGUUUGAUGGGCUGGACCUUGACUGGGAAUACCCUGGGUCCAGGGGCAGCCCAGCCCAGGACAAGGCUCUCUUUACCGUCCUCGUUAAGGAACUGGUGGCAGCCUUUGAGCAGGAAGCCAAACAGUCCAACAAGCCCCGUCUCAUGGUCACCGCUGCUGUUGCUGCAGGAAUUUCCACCGUUCAGGCUGGCUACGAGAUUCCUGAGCUUGGAAAGUACCUGGACUACAUCCACGUGAUGACUUAUGACUUCCACAGCUCUUGGGAUAGAGUCACUGGUGAGAACAGCCCUCUGUACGAUGGCAGUCACAGCCAACUCAGUGUUGAAUAUGCUAUGAACUAUUGGAAGAACAAUGGUGCUCCAUCUAAGAAGCUCCUUGUUGGAUUCCCAACCUAUGGACGUAACUUCAACCUCCAAAACCCAUCUAACACCGCUGUUGGGGCACCAGCAACUGGACCUGGGCCAGCUGGACCUUACACAAAGGAAGCUGGAUUCUUGGCUUACUACGAGAUCUGCACAUUCCUGGACAAUGGAGCCACCCAGGCUUGGGAUGCUGCUGAGGACGUGCCCUACGCUUACAAAGGCAGUGAAUGGGUUGGCUAUGACAACAUCAAGAGCUUCAACAUCAAGGUUGACUGGCUGAAGAAGGGCAAUUUUGGGGGUGCUAUGGUUUGGGCCAUCGAUCUGGAUGAUUUCACUGGCACUUUCUGCAAGCAGGGAAAAUAUCCCCUGAUCACCACCCUGAAGAAUGGUCUUGGUCUGCAAAGCAGUGGCUGCAGGGCCAAUUAAUCGUCCAGUCCCCAAGUCCCUGUAGCUCCCAAACAUGGAAGUUGGAGAAUGAGCACGAGCUGGAGUAACAAUUCAACUAACUGUGGUGGGAGUGGUUUCUGUGCUGGGAAAGCCAACAAGACUCAACCAACCAGAGCUGCUUUUACCAACGUUUGAAUAUCAAAACUUGUUUCAAAAUUGCUGUGACAAUCCUAUCUGUAAUACCAGCACUCAUGCUACAACUGGCCAUGAAGAUACCAAUCCUUUUACAGCAAAGAUAUCCCUCUGAUCUUAUAGCAUCUAAUAAUAAUGAUUAAAUAAAGUGUUCUGCAAAAGCAA